CACAUCAUGUUUAAUGUUUUGAAACACUGCUGCCUACGCAGUUAUAAGCGAUACAUUUUACGAGUUAUUCUGCUACUUUCAGUUCGUGUAACUCAUGAUGGCGAACAUUCGUAAAAAGCUGGUGGUGGUUGGGGACGGGGCAUGUGGAAAAACAUGUCUUUUAAUCGUUUUCAGCAAAGAUGAAUUUCCAGAGGUUUACGUGCCCACCGUUUUUGAAAACUACGUCGCGGACAUUGAAGUGGACACCAAACGAGUUCAACUGGCUUUAUGGGAUACGGCGGGGCAAGAGGACUACGACCGCCUUAGACCCUUGUCCUAUCCGGACACUGAUGUCAUUCUCAUGUGCUUCUCCGUGGACAGCCCGGACUCUCUGGAAAACAUCCCAGAAAAGUGGGUGCCGGAGGUGAGACAUUUCUGUCCUAAUGUGCCCAUUAUUUUGGUGGCGAAUAAGAAAGAUUUGCGGAGUGAUCACAAUGUGAGAAGUGAGCUGUCAAGAAUGAAACAGGAGCCUGUGACAACAGAGGACGGACACGCCAUGGCUGCUCGCAUCGGAGCGUAUGACUACAUGGAAUGCUCUGCCAAAACCAAGGAGGGGGUUCGGGAAGUGUUUGAGACCGCUACUCGAGCCUCCUUACAGAGGAGAUUAAGACCACCCCCUGGUUGUUUGAACUGUUGCCGACUGAUGUGAAAGACUUUAUAAUACGUUAAGUAACAGAACACAAUAUGUAUUGUGUCUAAAGAGUCAAUGUUUCAAUGCAAUCAAAGUAUAGCCUAUAAGUACAGUAUGAUCCACUCUAGAGAUCAAGAGGCCACUGGCUGUCUUUGAAAUUUUGCUGAUUGAUUUGGUUCAUGAAAUGAAGAGUUUGAACCCACCAUUUGGCUUCACACCUUGAGUUUGUAGACUUGACACAGGUUUUUUUUUUGUUUGUUUGUUUGUUUUUUUGUGAGCAUGCUCACUGAAGAAAUGGUAUUUGCUUUCAGAAUAUGCAUCACUAAACCAUGUAUAGUAUUCAUUUCGAAAGUUACCCUGUCAAAGUUAAAGGAUUUUAAGGACAUUUCUAUCAUAAUUUGUAACAUCUCUUAAGGAUCAUAAUAAUUCUUUAAAAAAAGAAAUAACAAACAUAAAAUGGAAUCCCUGUUACCUGUUUUUUCUGACAUUUUCAGUUCUUCAUUGCAUCUCAGUGUCUGAUGUAGCCUAUUUCAGUGUAUGAUUUUAUUUGAGAGGAUUCUUGUUUGAUAAUUUAGACAGCCUCUUAAAGGACUACAUUAUACUGAAUUACAUGAACAAAAGUUUGUUGCGAUGUGUUAAAUAUUACACCAUAAUGAAUGUUUCUUUUGUUAUGCCACUUUUUUCUGUUAAUUUAAAGUUUGAUAAACUGGUAAACAAAAAAUGAAAUAGAGUAGGCCUAUACGAGCAUAGGAUAAACAAAGAUCAGAAUUUCUGAGGACAUACUAAUAUGACUGGUCAUUUUGUUUAUUUGAUAGAGAACAAUACUGGAUGUGUGUCUGUUAUUCAGUUUAUGAAAUCAAACCAAAUAUUGGCUAGGCCUACUUUUGGACAGGGGUGUAGCCAGAACUUUUUUCAGGGGUGGCCAGGAAGACCAAGUGAUUUCUUUGGUGUGAAAAUAGGCCUAAAAACUGAUGUGGAAUGGAACACACAUAAAAUAGAUUUCAGCAUAAAUUCAUAGACAAGGAAUCUCCCACGCAAUCCUUCCAUAAAGAGCUUGAGCCUAUAGCCGAUCAAAUAGCUUAUAAUCCUCAGUAAACAUUGCAAUAAUGUUUAAAAGUUUUAAAAUAUGCAACAGCGUGUUCAUUUAUAUUUUCGUUGCAAAGAAGAAUGGCUGCUCAUUUAUUUGUGCUAUCACAGGAGAUGCGAGUGUGAGCAAGCAAGUAUAACCAUGUAGGCUAUACCCUAAUAUAUUUGAUAAUUUUGUUGUGCUAAACCUUAAGGGUUUUUUUCCAUUCCACUUCUCAAAUUUGCCUUUGUUUUUCUGUGUAAACAUGCUCUUGAUGAACGUGUUUGACCGUUGAGCCCACAUCUCGCUCUGCUGUGUUUUUGUUUUACUCGUAAAGCUGCUUUGCCAAGCAUGAUCUUGCAGUGUUGCCAUGUCCACUUAUUAUUGGUAUCUUUGGGAUUGUUAUUCUUUCCAUAUUAAGAGGUGAAGUGACAACAAUGUGUACAUGGCCUUUUUACCAGUGUCAUAGUUCUUUGAACGGAGAAAGGUUAGCUGUUAAUGCUGUCAAAAUGCUUGCUCAACAGGGGUGGCCAGAGGGGUGACCAAGUUUCAAUCAAGGUUGGCACUGGCCACACAUAGCUAUGCCCCUGGCUUUGAACAAGCUAUUUUGCUUUUAUUCCUGUGAAUUUUUUUGCUUUAAUUAUGGGAAAAGCAAUGUGAAUACAUGGGUGGUUAAGCAUAGGUAAAGCAAUGUGAAAACAUGGGUGGUUUUGCUAGUAAAUGACACAUAAGUAAAGAUGUAUUUUAAAAUUAUGAGAGUGCCUGAUAGAGACUUUUCCUAUAUGGUUCUCAGUUGUUCUUGCUUCAGUGGUGACCCAAGUAGUGAUCCAAUUUAACGUUUUAGUUCCUUGUAUUUUCUUUUACCCUUACAUCUUCAGAAGAUGUGGAAAGCAUUAUACCUUCCCUUAAAAUCUGAUAAGCCUAUUUUUUAUCCUAACUAUGCAUUAUCUUAAUGUUACACAAAAAAGUGAAACAACCCUGUUAUUUAUUUAAAAUGCAUUUUUAUAUUGAUCUAAUCAAUAUAUAACCUGUUUUGUUUUGGUUUGGCUAAAAGCAAAUUACACUUCUCAUAGAAAAAAAAAUUUAUUAUAUAAAUUUAAAGUUAUUUAUUGUUUGUUUGUUUGUUUUAUUGUAUAACAGAAAAGACAUCACAAUAAACAUCAAGGUCUUUUGAA